AUAAUAAAUGCGUUUCGAGUAUUAUAGUUGUUAAACGCUUAUUUUCUCCCCCCCCCUUUAGUUGUACUUUGUUAAAAUUUCAAGGAUCUGUUAAAAUUUAAUUACCAUAAACAUUUUAUAAAUAGCAUCCGAUUGAUUGUUUUGGUGUAAUUAUGGGCAGUAGGAACAGAUCUGGCCGUUUUGAUAGAGAAGAGAGAAGUCGAGGUACCAGAGAUGACUCAUAUAAUUACCGAGAAGGUGGUAAUGGAAUAUCUGACAAUAUGGGAAGUUCAAGGCAAAAAGUUCCUCUUCUACAAUUUACUACCGACAUAAAUCCGGCUAUUUUUUCUGGUCCAAUUCCUCUUCCUCUGAAUCCUUCAUCUAAUAGAAAUCAGUUUGGUGGAAAUUUUCGAAAUGAUAACUAUGGUGGUGGCUCAGAAAACUCUCAUGAACGUAAAUUCAGUCGCAGAGAUUCAUAUGGAUAUAAUGAUGAAGAAGAGAGGAGACCAAGACGUCAUGAAAGAGAUCGUUAUGACAGAGAUAGAGAUUACGAUAGAGGUCGAGAUCGUAGUCGUGAGAGGGAUAGGGGUCGGGAUCGCGUUCGGGAGCGAUCUUAUGAUCGAGAUGAAGAUAGAAGAGAUCGAGACCGAGACAGAAUGAUGUCACGAGAACGUGAUUGGAGGGAAGAGAUUCCUAAUAAUACUCUGAUGGUACGAGGAUUAGAUGUUAGUGUAACAGAAUCAGAAAUUCGAGAAGAAGUGUUAAGAUACGGGCUUGAGCCGAAAGAUAUACGUUUAAUAAGGGAAAAAGGAACAGGUGCAUCUCGCGGCUUUGCUUUUGUGGAGUUUCAGUUACUAUCCGAAGCCGUACGUUGGAAGGAACUUACCAAGGGUACUGUGAUAUUCCGAGGAAGUAAUCGAGCUAGUCUCCAUUAUAGUAUCCCCAAGGAUUUACUUGGUGCUGAUCGUUAUAUGUUAAACAAAGCUGAUUGGGAUUGUCCAAAGUGUGGUAUGAGUAACUUUAAAAGAAGAGAUUACUGCUUUAAAUGCAACUCUGCCAGAGAAGAAACAUUUGAAUGGCAGCAUGGUGACUGUUACAAUGAAAUAAGUAGUACUCCAUCAAAUACUUUGUUAUUUGGAAAUCUUGAUGUGUUAACUACUGAAGGAAGAGUCCUAGCCAUGUUGGGUCAAUUAACAACACUUCCAAUAAAAAGUCUUCGCGUAGUUAAAGAUUCUCUUACUAAUACAUCUCGAGGCUAUGCAUUUGUUGAACUGAAUUCAACAUCUGAAGCCAUACAGUUAUAUGAAUUGCUUCUGUCUAUGGCUGGAAAUUUUUAUGUUGAUGGCAGACAAGUGACAGUUUCUUAUGCCAAGAGAUCAUUAGCAUCACGAAACAGUUCUGGCAGUGCCAAUGCUGCUAUUGUAGCCCUUGCUGCUGCUCAAUGGACUAAUCAGAAACAAGAAGAUUCAUCAUAUGAUCAGUAUUAUGGUGUUACAGCAUCAGCUGGUGGGACAUCUGCAUUAACUGACGGCUCACAAAAGCAGAACUUUGAUACUUCUGUUCCCAAUCAGGCACACAUGGCAAGUAUGGGCACAGUAAUAGUAAAUGGUGUUACAUACUACAAGUACCCAUUACCAGAUAUCUCAACAUAUCAGUAUGAUGAAUCAUCCGGUUACUAUUAUGAUGCAACAACGGGCUUGUAUUAUGAUGCUAAUUCGCAAUAUUAUUACAACUCUGAGAGUCAACAGUAUUUAUAUUGGGAUAAUGAACAUCAGACAUACCUACCUGUCCCAACUUCUGGUACGAGCACAAAUUCUGCAGAGAUUUCGGCUCAGUCUACAAUAACUUCUCCCCCUACUGCGGCUUCUACAACCCAAGCCAGUUCAACGUCUGCUGAAACAGAAGAACAAGAAAAAAAUAAAAGUAAAAAAGAAGAAAAACUUGAUAAAGUGAAAAUAGCAAAGAAGAUAGCCAAAGACAUGGAAAAGUGGGCCAAAACAUUAAAUCAGAAGAAAGAAAAUGCGAAAUUGGGCAUAGUUGCCAGUCCUCCAAUUACUGUAACUCAGAGCGUUGCUAUUAGUAAUGAUAUAUCCAGGCAUUCAGCUGCUGCUGAUGCUGGCUUUGCUAUUCUUGAAAAACGGACUACACUUGCUGAGCGAAAUGCACUAAUGGCUGAAUUAGAUAGCAAAUUAAGUGUAUCAGCGACAAAGACUACUCUUGUUUCAUACGGUGAUGACAGUGACUCUGAUACAGAACCAGAUUCAUCUCAGCCUGAUGUCAAAAAACCUCAGAGUAACAGAAUAGAUGAAUCUAAAUUUGUAGAUCUGUCUAAAAUGGCUUGCCUAUUAUGUAAAAGACAGUUUCCCAGUAAAGAAGCAUUAUCAAGGCAUCAGCAGUUAUCAGACUUGCAUAAGAAAAAUUUAGCCAAGAUUUCUGGAAAUACGUGACAGUGAAAUGCAUCUGUAUAACAGGACAUAGGAAUAAAUACAUAAACAGUGAUGUAGCUGUGACUGUUUUAACCCUCUAUCAGGCACUGUGAACUACUAUAUUCAUGUAUGACAUUCAUGUAUUUAAAUUGAAAGUAACAUGCGAGUGUGCUUUAGUAUUUAAAAUGAAAACAAAAAUAUAUCUAAACAGUCUCAAUUUACAAACUAAAUGUAAAAUAAAGUACCUAAUUAGCAGAUUUAAUAAUACUAGUGUACUUGAAUUUAUUUUUGGAGUGUCUGAAAAGUCUUAACUGUAUUAAAUCACAACUGUGACUGGCAACUGUUUACAAUACAAUAGAGGGUUGUUGUACUGAAGCAACAAGUCAUGAUAUUCAAUCCUGAUCUUGGAUAUUUGCAUAUUUAUGCAUAAUGAAACAAAUUAGUUGUGCCUGGCAGAAGGUUAUAUCUAAGAGACACAAGAACUCUCAGGCUUACUGUUCAAGAUGGAAUUUAGAACUAAUCGUGUGAUCAUCACCACCAUAUGUUAGAUGUGAUUGAAAAUUCUAAUGUGAUCAUUUUGUUUUUAUAGCAUUAUUUCAUGUGACAAAAAAUUUCCUGCUGAUUCUUGUUGAUGAUUUGAUUUUAUUUUUUAUUCAUUUUGUAAUUAAAAGAAUACUUUGUA